UGUUUAAGCACCAAGAAAUUUCUCAGGAUUAGAGCUUCCUGUACCACCCUCCCACAAACCCGGCACCCCACUGCCAUUGGUUAGGGUCAAAUACCACAGGCUCUGCAUUCAGAGUAAUUCUGUGCCAUUUGAGAAAGCAAGAGCCAAAGGAGACUGAAGAAUGAAGGUCAUUGCAAAUAUUUUCAUGCACUUUUUUUUCUUUGAUGCUGUUUUGGCUAGUCCUACAAGGAGUCCUGUAACUUAUGACUCUGAAACAUAUGAUGUUGGCUUGGAAGAUCUGGAUAGCCUAUAUGACUAUGAUGAAAAUCUGUCUGUUGAUCAGGCACAGGUAGAGAUUGGAACAGUAGUACCAUCUGUAACUCAAGAGAUUUAUUUACCUUCUCCACUGCCGGAAGAACCCGAAGAAGAAGCAUCCACACCUAAGCUUAUUGAUGGCUCUUCACCUCAUGGACCAGGAGUUCUUGGUCCCCAUACACAUGAAGGUCUCCCAACUUGUCUUCUGUGUAUGUGCCUAAGUACUUCUGUCUACUGUGAUGAUCGUGAACUCGAAGAUCUUCCCCCCUUGCCGAAGGAAACCACACAUUUCUACUCUCGCUAUAACAGAAUCAAAAGGGUCAACAGGGAUGACUUUGCUAACCUAAGCAACUUAAAAAGGAUUGACUUGACUUCAAAUUUUAUAUCUGAAAUUGAUGAAGAUGCCUUCAGGAAUCUACCACAACUUCAGGAACUGAUACUUCGAGAUAACAAGAUAAGGCAGCUUCCAGAAUUACCACCAACCUUGAUAUUCAUUGAUAUUAGUAACAACAGGCUUGGUCGCAAAGGAAUCAAACAAGAAGCAUUUAAAGAUAUGUUUGACUUGCACCAUCUUUACAUCACUGAUAACAACUUGGAUCAUAUCCCACUUCCACUCCCUGAAAGCCUCCAGUCUCUUCAUCUGCAGAACAACAAUAUACAAGAAAUGCAUGAAGAUACUUUCUGCAAAAUGAAAGAUUAUUCUUACAUCCGCAAAUCUCUUGAAGACAUCAGGCUAGAUGGCAAUCCCAUUAAUCUGAGCAAAACCCCUCAUGCGUACAUGUGUCUACCCCGUCUGCCUGUUGGGAGCCUUUUUUAGGCUUAAGCCAUAACGAAAAUGUAAUGUAAGAUAAAUUUUUUUGCAAGUAUGCUUUCUAAAGCAAACUGCUUUAAAAGCUUGUAACAGUAUGAUAUGGUUGUAUUGAUGUAAAAUAAUAAGUAAACAGUUGCAGUCAGUAACACACAGUGCUGAAUACUAAAUCAUUCUCUAUUAAAGUAUACCAUACUUCCAUAUUGUAACCAGUGCAUUGUAACCAGUGCAGAAUAGCUGACAUGAUAACUAUGAUAAGUAUUAGAGAAACUGUAUUAGAGAAACUGAAUAUUAAUGAUACUUGGUUCAUAAUUUUAUCCACGUUAAAAUUAUAAUAGUAAAGCUAUAAGAAUUGUAUAUAAAUAGAAAAUGACCCAUGCUACCUUGUUUUUAAUCAUAUUCUAUAUGUAAAGCUUUUCCAUAAUUUUUUUCAUAAAAAUGUAACAAAAGUCCUGUCUGGAUUAAACCAAAGCUCCAUAUAGGCCAGUGUCCUACUUGUUAUAGAGGGCAGCUAGAUGCCAGAUCAGGUUAUUUUACUAAAACAUUAAUAUUAAAAAUAAAUAUACUCUCUUGUAUAUACUCUCUUGCUUUGUACUAGAGAGGAAACAUGGAAAGUGUCCUUAUACUGUGUAAGUAAAAAAAAUGUACACCAAGUAUGUGUAUUGUCUUCACAGUAAUUUUGUGCUAGAUAACGGUGAAGAAAUAAAAUUCCCUGCUUCUCUACUAAGCUCACCAAUCAACUCAAAGCAACAGUAGAAGACUUUUGUGAAAAGGUGUGUUUCAGUAGUUCCUGACACUAUGGAAAUAAGUGCAGAGCAAUACCAAGUGUAUUGUAGAAACUGUACAGAAUGUUUCUGUUCAUAUAUUUUAAUACACCAGAGGGGAGAAAACAUUCAAAUAUGAAGCACUGCUUCCUAAGAAACUCUGUCCCCAACAUUCGGUCAGUAUUUACCUUCUACAUAUAUGCUUUCCUCUCUAGCAUCACACUACCUAAUACGUGUCUAUAACAGUUUAGAAGAUACUGUACUGUCCUUAAAACAGAGCAGUGCCUACAGUGGUCAGUUAUCCUGCUUAAAUUAGAAUUGUCCUGUCCUGGCUGUGGCAGACAGAAGGAAUGUAGCAAUUAGUCAGGGUCAGAGCAGAUAGAUGGCUUGGACUUACUGAAGCAACUGACCUUCCCAAAACUCUGAAUGUGGCAGUUUGCUCCCCCUCCUGCUGCCACAAGCUCCCCUUCCUCCCUGCUCCCCAAAACCAGAAUUGAGCUGAAAUGGACAGAGCAGCGACAGGCUGCACAUAGGCUUAGUCCCUGAUUGCUUGGGGAAAGCUCUGGAGAGGAGAGACUUAAGACAGCUGCAGGGAGGUUGGGACUUUUUCUUGGCAACUGAUUCAUGGCGUAAAACUACCAGGGAUGAGCUGCUGUGCUCAUUAGGCCUGACACUCAGUCAAGUCUGUGAAGGUUGUGUUUUUGCUAAUAAAGUGUCAACUCCAACUUUGAAUGGUGUGAUUUAUUGCAGACUUGCUCUUUGACUG